ACCGCCGCGGCCGCCGGAGAAUGCCGAGCAAGCGGAAGUCCGGGGGGGCCGGCGGAGCGGCAGCGUCCUCCGCCUCCGCCAAGAGGGGGAAGGCGGAGAAGCCCAAGGAGGCGCCUGCGGAGGAGUUGGAGCAGCAGCAGCAGCAGCAGCAGCUCGGCGGCCAGGUGAAGGAGAGGAUAAGUGUUGCCGACGAGGCGCUUGCCAAGAAGGGCGUCACUCGUGCCACCGCCGAUGGCGGCGGCGAUGGGGAGGAGUCGGAGUGCCGGUUCGUCGGGGCUCCGAUCCCGAACGAGGAGGCUCGCCAGAAAUGGCCGAAGCGCUAUCUUGGAUUGGGCAAGAAGAAAAAGGUGGUCAAUGUAAACGGCAAUAAAGAAGGGGAUAACUCUGAAGAGAUUAUCCAAGCGAAGUGCCACUACAUGAAGGCUAAUGUCGAUGGGGUUUGCUAUGAUAUUGGUGAUGAUGCCUAUGUGAAGGCUGGGGAAGGGGAGGACAACUAUAUCUGUAAGAUCGUGGAAUUCUUCGAGGCAGUCGAUGGCUUAUUUUAUUUUUGUGCGCAAUGGUAUUACAGAGCUCGAGAUACAGUCAUCAAGCAAUUGUCUUACCUAAUUGAUGAUAGGCGUGUCUUCUUCUCAGAGAUACGCGAUGACAAUCCUUUAGAAUGCCUUGUCGAGAAGUUGAACAUUGCUCGAGUGCCUCUCGAUGUUAAUUUGGAUGCAAAAAGAGCGGCAAUUCCAUCAUGUGACUAUUAUUGUGAUACUUUGUAUCUACUGCCUUACUCAACAUUCAAACACUUGCCUACAGAUCAUAAGGUGGAUGGCUGCGAGACUUCAUCAACCAUUUCAAGUGAUGAUGUUGACAUGGCUGGUACAACAUGCGAGGUGAACUCCAAGGAGAUUUCCCAAAAGAACAAGGGGGAGGUGACAUUACUAGAUAUGUAUUCUGGUUGUGGUGCGAUGUCCACGGGCUUAUGUCUUGGAGCAAAUCUUUCUGGUUUGAAUCUUGUCACGAGGUGGGCUGUUGACAUGAACGAACAUGCAUGCAAUAGUUUGAAACUAAACCACCCGGAGACAGAGGUGAGGAAUGAGUCUGCAGAAGAUUUCCUCUUGCUGUUGAAGGAGUGGCAGAAAUUGUGCAUGCAAUUUCACCUCAUUGAAAGUGAUGGUCAGCAGCUGCCAUAUGCUGAUGUAUUUAGUGUGGAUGAUGGAAUAAGUGACGAGGAGGAAGAUAGUAACGAUGAUGAUGAUGGGGGUAGUGAUGGUGAGGUGUUUGAAGUAGAGAAGGUUCUAGCAAUUUGUUAUGGAGAUCCUAAAGAGAAGGGAGACAGAGCAUUGUACUUCAAGGUUUCAUGGAAAGGUUAUGGUCCUGAUGAGGACACUUGGGAGCCAAUUGAGGGAUUAAGCAACUGUUGUGAAAAACUAAAGGAAUUCGUAGUUGAAGGUCACAAAUCAAGGAUUUUGCCUUUGCCAGGGGAUGUAGAUGUGGUCUGUGGCGGACCGCCCUGUCAAGGAAUAAGCGGUUUCAACCGUUUUAGAGAUAAGGACAAUCCUUUGGCUGAUGUGAAAAACAAGCAACUUCUUGUGUUUAUGGAAGUUGUAGAGUUUUUGAAACCAAGGUUUGUUUUGAUGGAGAAUGUGGUGGAUCUAGUUAAAUUUUCUAAUGGUUUCUUGGGGAGGUAUGCACUUGGUCGUUUAGUGCAAAUGAACUAUCAAACAAGAUUGGGUAUGAUGGCCGCAGGAGCUUACGGGCUUCCUCAAUUUAGAAUGCGUUGUUUUCUUUGGGGUGCUCGUCCCAGUGAGAAGCUGCCCCAGUACCCAUUGCCAACACACGAUGUUGUUGUUAGAGGUGUCAUUCCUCUAGAAUUUGAGAUGCACACUGUUGCCUAUGAUGAGGGCCAUUCAUACGAAUUGCAAAAGAAAUUGCUACUGGAGGAUGCAAUCUCUGAUCUUCCACCUGUUGGAACUUAUGAUGGAAGAGAUGAAAUGCCAUAUGAGAAGGUUCCACAGACAGAUUUUCAACGUUUCAUUAGAUCAAGUGAAAAAGAAAUGAUGGGGAUCACAGACAACUCUGUGGAUUCAGAUCGAUUACUCUUUGAUCAUCGACCACUUGAAUUGAAUUCAGAUGACUAUGAACGAGUUUGCCGUAUACCAAAGAAAAAGGGUGCAAAUUUUAGGGAUUUGCCUGGUGUUCAUGUGCGUCCGGACAACAAAGUUGAAUGGGACCCUGAUGUUCCCCGGGUUUAUUUGGACUCAGGGAAACCAUUGGUCCCUGAUUAUGCAAUGACGUUUGUGAAUGGUUCAUCGUCAAAGCCUUUCGCACGUAUGUGGUGGGAUGAAACUGUGCCUACUGUAGUGACUAGAGCAGAACCCCACAACCAGGCAAUAUUGCAUCCUGAGCAAGACAGAGUUUUUACAGUUCGUGAAAAUGCAAGACUUCAGGGUUUUCCUGAUUAUUACAAGCUUACCGGCCCCAUUAAGGAGAGGUACAUUCAAGUUGGAAACGCAGUUGCAGUUCCUGUAGCUAGAGCUUUGGGAUGCGCAUUGGCUCAAGCUUUCCAAAGAAGCACCAAUGAAGAUCCGUUGUUUCGGUUGCCUGAUGUAUUCGUCUAUAAGUUCGAGCAACAUUCUUCUGCAUCGUCUGAAAAUGAUGCAUAGUUGUACUGUCUUAGAAGUGAAUUGUAGGUUAUUGGGAUUAAAUACACCAUGAUUGGGAGUGGGAGAUUUACUCCCAGCUAACGAGGUUAUUCCUGAAGGAGACUGCGAAGCUGUGGUCAAAGCGAUUGGUUCACCAAAGCAAUUUGGAGUGGCGCGCAAGUGAUCGAAGACAUUAGAGAGGUUUUAGUGAAAAAGAAGAGUCUCAGCCUCUCAGGAUUGUCUGGACUCUUAAGAGAGAAACAGAGCUGCACAUGUAUUUGCUUUUAGAAACCCUUCUGUAUUUAAUGUGCUCUGUAAUCUUUUAUGGUCGGAGGGCGUGUCUAAGUUAUCUUAUUUGGUGGCUUAGGGGAGGACCUUCUGACAGAGUCUUUGCUGUAUUUUCUUUGGAAGUAGGACCCUCAAAUUAAAUGAUUGAUUCAGUCA